UUAUUUCGGAUCGGAAACCACCUCAUUUGAGAAGAUGCACCACCUAAAGAAUAUUAGAAAUAGCGCCAAACAAUACGACGACUCCUUACUGACCGGAUCACGAUUCACUGGCAAUUGCAACGACCUGGGCAUGCAGGACUUUGGAACGUACGUCUACCCUGAUGGCACUCGCUACUCGGGGUACUUUCUCAACAAUCGAUUCCAUGGAAAGGGCACCAUCCAGAUGCCUGAUUCUGCUGGCAUCACCUUUGCCGUAGUCCACAAUAAUGGUCGCCUCGAGAAGAUUGAGAAGAUGAACUUCAACGACUGCCUGCCGGUGGAAUUCGACGUGAGGGGUAGCAACAUAACCUUUAAGCGGUGGAACUACUGCUCGAGUAAGGAUCGUCGGUUCUACAGGGAAACUCUCACCCCCAUGGAGGGGGUGGGGCCCAACAAGUUCCAAACCGCGAACGGACCCCAAGCACCUAACCUGCCGCGAAAUGUCUUUGAUCUGGGCUUCGGUCUCCUGACCCAACAUGGCUUUGUCCUGGACAACAAGGACUUCGGCCAUCACGUUUUGUAUGGAGGAUCCAGCUCCAAGGAUAAGAGCUUCUAUCUGGGAUGUCGAGAGGCCCGCCGUUGGAUCCGGGAGAACUGUGCCCACGGGCAACUAUGGAACCGGCACAUCAAGCAGAAGAUCAUCUCCUACUUCACACGCCACAUCAUACAAAACAACAUCGAGAACUCUGGCUGCUCCAAGCUGAACGACAUACCCAAGGGUAAGAUGUGCCGGCGAUCGAACAGCGCUGAUAGUCUGGUGUCCGAGAACGCCAAGAUGGCCCGCCUCCAUGUGGCCACCGACUCGAUAAGCUGCUCCUCCGAAGUCCAUCCCAUGAAGGAGACGAGGUACGAUUGUGGCUGCAGCAAGAAGCCCGAAGAGCUGCCCUGGAGGCGCUCCUUGAGCGAGAGUGACGUAUGCCGCAUCAACUGAAGAGGUCCUGUCAGUUUAAAUUCUU